AGCACGAACGAAUACGAACACUUCUUGCACUGCUCAACACAAGAGCAAGUGUUUGUUUUGGAAGCAUUUAAUUUUCUUAUGAUUAUUCGACGUGGAUUGAGUAAGGUCGUUAUAAUAUUAUAAAUUUAUUAUCGGGUCUAAAGUCUAGCACAGAAGUCAUCUUUUUACAAAAGAGCUGAAAUUCGAACUAUGAAUCCUCUAAGCCAAAUUGUACGCGCCACGCGCCCUAUUUAUCGUAAGUUGUCGACGUCCACGCCUGUGGCGUCAUCAGCGAAGCCCAUUCCUACCACUGGCAUGUGCUUCGAGUUAAACGAUGAACAAAAAGCGCUGCAAGAUCUGGCUCGCAAAUUCACAAGAGAGGAGAUCGUACCAGUUGCCGCUCAGUACGACAAAACCGGCGAGUACCCGUGGCCCAUCAUAAAGAAAGCCUGGGAAAUCGGUCUAAUGAACGGACACGUUCCCGAGCACUGCGGGGGCAUGGGAAACUUUGGAGUUCUCGACGAGUGCAUAAUUGGUGAAGAAUUUUCCUUUGGAUGUAGUGGUAUUGGGACAGCCAUUGGCGGCACUGGCCUUGGACAAACUCCCGUUAUACUGGCCGGUAAUAAGGAGCAGCAGAAGAAAUAUCUCGGUAGAUUGAUCGAGGAACCAAUAGUUGCUGCGUAUGGUGUCACUGAACCCGGUGCUGGGUCGGACGUAGCGGGUAUUAAGACGAGGGCAGAAAAGAAGGGCGAUGAAUGGAUCCUCAACGGACAGAAGAUGUGGAUCACCAAUGGUGGUGUUGCCAACUGGUACUUCGUACUGGCGAGGACGAAUCCGGACCCCAAGUGCCCGGCCAGCAAAGCCUUCACCGGGUUCAUCGUCGAGAGAGAGUGGGCGGGAGUGACCCCAGGUCGUAAGGAAUUGAACAUGGGACAACGUGCCUCAGACACUCGUGGAAUUACAUUCGAAGAUGUACGCAUUCCCAAAGAGAAUGUGCUGAUCGGAGAAGGCGCAGGAUUCAAGAUAGCCAUGGGCGCUUUCGACAAGACCCGCCCACCUGUGGCGGCUGGUGCCACAGGUCUCGCUCAGCGAGCGUUAUACGAAGCUACUAAAUAUUCACUCGAGCGUAAAACAUUCGGCGUUCCCAUCGCCCAUCACCAAGCCGUAGCGUUCAUGUUGGCAGACAUGGCCGUCGGUGUAGAAACAGCACGUCUCGCCUGGCAGAAGGCUGCCUGGAUGGUCGAUCACGGCCAGAAAAACACCGUGAUGGCGUCUGUAGCUAAAUGCUACGCUUCCGAAAUUGCUAACAAAUCCGCCUCAGAUGCCGUACAAGUAUUCGGUGGUAACGGUUUUAAUAGCGAAUAUCCUGUGGAAAAACUCAUGCGUGACGCAAAAAUUUACCAGAUCUACGAGGGUACAUCGCAAAUUCAAAGACUCAUCAUUUCCCGAGAAAUCCUCACAGAAGCUAAGCAAAGCAACGCUUAAAUCGUCACAUGUUCAUUUUUGAGAGUAUGUUUGAUGAAAGGCUGACUAUCAUUAUACUGAUUCGAUACCAAUAUAUUUUUAUUGUUUUGAGAGAUUUUUUAAACCAUUAAGAAAAAGUGCCUUAACAGUUGAGAUACAAUUUUAUAUCCUUUACAAAAAAAAAUAUUAAAGCAGUUUAAUGUCACAUGUGCUUGGUUUUUUUAAUAGUCUGUGGUCCUAUUUUUGUAUGUUAGACAUUGUACCUGUAACUUAAGAUUCUUUAUUGAAAUAAAUUAUAUGGCACAGGUUA